AGCAAUGUUUUCCCUGUCAGACAAUUUUAACCUCUUCUCUACUCCCCCAGAUCUUCUUCAAGAUCCCCUCUUCACCUUUCACAGGCUCAUAAUCAUCAGCAUCAUAUUUACCCUUCUACCUUUUUCAGCUCAGUUUUUCUCUUUCCUCUCCACAGGUGGUGAGAAAAUGAGUGUGUGAUGGCCUUUGUGAAGUCUUGAAGUCUGAACUACCAUUCUCUAUGCUCCUACUGUUCCCUUUCUCCCUCACUAAACUUCACUUCACACCCACCACCAUGUAGAUUGUAGACCCUCUCCAUCUCCAUCUCUCCAGAUAGAGAAACCCAGAACAUUCUUUCCUCAGCCUCGCACUUAUUGAGCUGCUCUGCAAUCUCUUCCACCAUCCAUCGCUAACUGCAUUUUCAGCUCCAAGAACCAAUCACCAGCAAUAAUGAACAUCAUAUUCUCUCUCUAACCAUAUCACUAGUCUCCAAAGUUUCAAACUUUUACUUCUUUUCAGAGAGAGAAACAGAGUUAAAACUAAAAAGACACUUCCUUUUCCAGCUCCAAUGGCAGCUCUCAGUACUCUCACUCUGAUCAUCUUCCUCCUCCGCUUCACCACCGCCACUUGUCACCGCCACCUCCUCCACCAGCCCUUCUUCCCAGUUGAAUCAAACCCUCCAACCCAACCACCAUCUCCCUCUCCUCACUCCUCUCAAAUUCCCAAAAUGCCCUUCUCCUCCGGCUCAUCCUCCUCCUCGACGCCACCUGAUAAUAACAAACCCUUCUUUCCCUCCAUCAAACCCACACCGCCUCCUCCCUCCCCAACAGCCCUCACCUCCUUCCCCGCCAACAUUUCCUCCAUCCUUUUCCCCCAACCCUCUUCCUCCUCCCCCCACCGCCACGUCAUCGCCAUCGCCGUCUCGGUCUCCGUCACCGCUGCACUCAUCAUCGCCUUCGCCGCUGCUUUUUUACUCCACCGCCGGCGCCGGAAGCUCGACCCGACCUCGGCCGACGACAAGGCCUCCAGAACCGACAGCCUCCGCCUGUUCCCGCCCAACACCGUCACCUCCGACGGAGUGCACAAGCAGCGUACCACGCCCAACAGAACCACCGAGAACUUCCUCUACCUCGGCACAUUAUCCAACGCUCAGGGAAACGACGAACAAAGCGUCGCCACCACGAGCAAUGCCAGCUCCAAGUUCGGGGUUUCAAGCCGAUCUGGCUCGCCGUAUCAGAAGCUAGGCUCGCCGGAGCUGACGCCGCUUCCUCCACUUCCCAAGGACAAUUUCAUACGACGGAGCUACAAGCACGAACUGGGUUCCGACGAUGAUGAAGGGGAAGACGAGUUCUUUUCUCCGAGAGGGUCUUCUGCGAGUCCGAAAAACGUCGCCGGAGCAAGCUCAGAUAGAGUGCUCAAGGCUGUAGAAGGCGACAACUUUGGAAGCAGGAGCUUCAAUUCAAGAACUGCAUCAUACCCAUGUUCAAAAUCUGCUUCUCCGGUAAGUUCUGUGUCCAACACUGUCUCACCACAGUUGAACUUUAGUCCCACAAGCUUGAAAUCGAACUCGCCGGACUCUGUGAUCAAUUUCAUGGCACCGUCUCGGCCUGCUCCGAUUCCGGUGGCAGUGUCCCGGUCAUUGUCUUCGUCGUCUACUUUAUCAGAGAGAGUUUCAGGGAAUGUGCAGAGUUCCCCUGACUUUUUGACGCAGAUGAAGCAGUCUCUAGUGAGAAACAAUAGUGCUCCUAAGCGGUUUGUUCCAAUAAGACUGCCUCCGCCGCCUCCUCCACCGCCACCACCCAGGUAUUGGGAAGCUUCAGCGACUCCGGUGGCGAAUGCAGGUCCACCUGUUCUUGUCACGCCUUCCGGGGCUCGUGUGGUUGAGAAUACGGGACCAGUUUUGGCUGGUGAACCAUCACAGAAGAAUGACAUUGAGGAAAAAAGUGAGGAAACUCCUAGGCCAAAGUUGAAGCCUUUACAUUGGGACAAAGUUAGGGCCAGCUCAGACCGCGCUAUGGUGUGGGAUCAGUUAAAAUCGAGCUCCUUUCAGCUGAAUGAGGAAAUGAUCGAGACACUUUUUGUGGUAAACAAUUCAAAUUUGACACCAAAAGAAAAUGCUCGGCGACAGAUUCUGCCCUCUUUGAAUCAGGAGAACCGUGUGCUGGAUCCAAAGAAGUCUCAGAAUAUUGCAAUUUUGUUGAGGGCGCUCAAUGUUACCAUUGAUGAAGUCUGUGAGGCCCUCUUGGAAGGUAAUUCAGAUUCUCUCGGAACGGAACUUCUUGAAAGUUUAUUAAAGAUGGCUCCAACCAAAGAGGAAGAAUGGAAGCUAAAAGAGUUCAAAGAUGAAUCACCAUUUAAGCUUGGCCCAGCUGAGAAAUUUCUGAAGGCAGUGCUUGAUGUACCUUAUGCAUUUAAGAGGGUGGAUGCAAUGCUGUACAUUGCCAAUUUUGAUUCAGAAGUAGACUAUCUUAAAAGGUCUUUUGAGACAUUGGAGGCAGCUUGUGAAGAAUUGAAGAACAGCAGAAUGUUCUUUAAGCUUCUUGAAGCGGUGCUCAAAACUGGGAACCGCAUGAAUGUCGGCACCAACCGUGGCGAUGCUCAUGCCUUCAAGCUCGACACACUCCUGAAGCUGGUAGAUGUGAAGGGCACUGAUGGAAAAACUACUCUGUUGCAUUUUGUAGUACAGGAGAUCAUCAGAGCUGAAGGUUCUCGUCUUUCGGGCAUGAAUCAGGAUGAAAUGGCUGAGAGCAGUCAACAAUCUUCUUUCCGGGAUGAUGUGGAGUUUAGGAAGCGUGGCCUGCAAGUUGUUUCAGGAUUGAGUGGAGAGCUCAUCAAUGUAAAGAAAGCUGCUGGUAUGGAUUCGGAUGUACUGAGCAACGAAGUAGCAAAGAUUGCUGGGGGAAUUACAAAGAUUGAAGAAGUUGUAAAAUUAAUUGAAGGAAGUGCAUUGAAGGAGAGUAGCCAGAAGUUCUUCGACUCCAUGAAUGGGUUCUUGAAGAAGGCAAGUGAAGAGAUUGUGAUGAUUCAAGCUCGAGAGAAACUUGCAUUCUGUAUGGUGAAGGAAAUAACAGAAUAUUUCCAUGGGAACUCGGCUAAAGAAGAAGCUCAUCCUUUCCGGAUUUUCACGGUGGUGAGAGACUUCCUUUCAAUUCUAGAUCAGGCAUGCAAGGUAGUUGGCAAAGUUAAUGAAAGAACUAUAGUUGGGUCUGCCCGUCAAUUUCCAAUUGUCAUGAAUCCAACCGUUCCACCAGUUUUUCCUGGAGCAAGUACAAAGCAGCAUUAUGGUUCCUCGGAUGAUGAAACCUUGCCUUGAUCUUAGAUUUCAGUGCUUGGUUGCAUGGAUGUUCAUGGAUGUUAAUCUGCAUGGGGUUUGCUGAAAGCUGAUAAGGUGAUUAUCUUUUUUGGUUCGGCACCUUUCUUGUACUUAUAUAUACAAACACAAGAUUUUGGAACCGUUAGUCUUGUGUAAUAUAUAGAGAGGGGAUUAGAUCAGAAAAUAAAACUGUAGUGGUGGCACAGUUAAUUUGAUCUGGUGUACAUCUGGUAGUCUUAUGUAAGCUUGUUGUCAGUAACUGAAAUUUUCCCCCUUUCUUUCCCCGUUUACUAGUAUAGACAUGAUUGUUCAA